ACUAAACUCAUUGAAUCAGAACAGCACUUGUCCAUCUCAAAGAGGAAAAAUUAUUUUUUGCUAUCCACCCCAGCUGGAAUUUAGACCAGACUUACAGGCUUUCUGCUCCUUCCUUCAGUGAAGAAGAGUCUCCAGGGUCCCUCUAGUGCAGGUCAAAGAAGUCCAGAAGUCUAGCUGAGUUCAGCUCUCUAGGGUCUCCCCAGCCAGUCUCCUGGGCCAAGAGCUGGCUUUGCAAGAAAACAUCCUACUAAAGCCCUGGGAAAAGAGACAAACGGUGAAGAGGAGAAUGAAAGAUUUCAGGAGGGAGCUCCUGUUUUAGCCCUGCCACCUACCUGGGGGCCCUCUGGCUACCAGUGUCCUUGGAGGGCCUCCUUGCUGCUUCUCCCACUAAGGAGCUCUGGAGCCUUAGGACCAUGGACACUCUCAACAGGAACCAAAUAGGCCCUGGAUGCAAGACCCAGACCAUGGUGCAGAAAGGACCCUUGGACCUGAUCGAGACAGGCAAAGGGCUGAAAGUGCAAACGGACAAACCCCACCUGGUGAGCCUGGGCAGUGGGCGACUCAGCACAGCCAUCACCCUCCUGCCGCUGGAGGAAGGGAGGACGGUGAUUGGCUCUGCAGCCAGAGACAUCUCACUACAGGGCCCAGGCCUGGCUCCAGAGCACUGCUACAUCGAGAACCUGCGGGGCACCCUCACCCUCUACCCCUGUGGCAAUGCCUGCACUAUUGAUGGUCUCCCUGUCCGGCAGCCUACCCGGCUCACUCAGGGCUGCAUGUUGUGCCUGGGUCAGUCCACCUUCCUUCGCUUUAACCACCCGGCUGAAGCCAAGUGGAUGAAAAGCAUGAUUCCAGCAGGGGGCCGAGCCCCUGGGCCCCCCUACAGCCCUGUUCCUGAAUCAGAAAGUCUGGUAAAUGGGAACCACACCCCACAGCCUGCAACACGGGGACCCUCGGCCUGUGCCAGCCACAGUUCCCUGGUGAGCUCUAUUGAGAAGGACCUGCAAGAGAUCAUGGACUCACUGGUGCUAGAGGAGCCUGGAGCUGCUGGCAAGAAGCCUGCCACAACCUCUCCACUGUCGCCAAUGGCUAAUGGUGGGCGCUACCUGCUGUCUCCCCCAACCAGCCCUGGUGCCAUGUCUGUGGGCUCCAGCUAUGAGAACACCUCUCCAGCCUUCUCUCCACUCUCUUCACCAGCCAGCAGUGGAAGCUGUGCCAGUCACUCACCCAGUGGGCAAGAGCCAGGACCUUCUGUGCCCCCACUGGUACCUGCCCGUUCCUCCAGCUACCAUCUGGCCCUGCAGCCCCCACAGUCCCGCCCAAGUGGUGCUCGCUCUGAGAGUCCUCGGCUGAGCAGGAAAGGGGGCCAUGAGAGGCCUCCCAGCCCUGGCCUCCGGGGUCUGCUAACAGACAGCCCUGCAGCUACUGUGUUGGCGGAGGCCCGGAGAGCCACUGAGAGCCCCCGGCUGGGUGGGCAGCUGCCUGUGGUGGCCAUCAGCCUGAGUGAAUACCCAGCUUCUGGUGCUCUCAGUCAACCCACCAGCAUUCCUGGCAGCCCUAAGUUCCAGCCUCCAGUCCCUGCUCCCCGAAACAAGAUUGGCACACUCCAGGACCGCCCUCCCAGCCCUUUCCGUGAGCCUCCAGGCAGUGAGCGGGUGCUAACAACUAGCCCCUCACGCCAACUGGUGGGCCGAACAUUUUCAGAUGGGUUAGCCACCCGUACCCUGCAGCCUCCUGAGAGUCCCCGCCUGGGCCGGCGGGGCCUGGACAGUAUGCGAGAACUACCCCCCUUAAGUCCAUCUCUGUCCCGGCGAGCCCUCUCCCCACUGCCCACCCGGACCACCCCAGAUCCCAAGCUAAGCAGGGAAGUGGCAGAGAGUCCUCGGUCCCGGCGCUGGGCAGCCCAUGGGGCUUCACCAGAGGACUUCUCCCUGACGCUGGGGGCACGGGGCCGUAGGACACGGAGCCCCUCACCCACACUGGGUGAGUCUCUGGCACCCCGCAAGGGCAGCUUCAGUGGCAGGCUGAGCCCAGCCUACAGUCUGGGCUCUCUUACUGGGGCUUCACCCUGCCAAAGUCCCUGUGUCCAGAGGAAGCUCUCCAGCGGGGACUUGCGGGUGCCUGUCACAAGGGAGCGGAAAAAUAGCAUCACAGAGAUCAGUGACAAUGAGGACGACCUCCUGGAGUACCACCGGCGACAGCGCCAAGAGCGGCUCCGGGAGCAGGAGAUGGAGAGGCUGGAACGCCAGCGCCUGGAGACCAUCCUGAACCUGUGUGCCGAAUACAGCCGGGCUGAUGGGGGAUCUGAGGCCGGGGAGCUCCCCAGCAUUGGGGAGGCCACCGUAGCAUUGGCACUGGCAGGCCGGAGGCCCUCACGAGGCCUUGCAGGGGCCUCUGGGCGGAGCAGCGAGGAGCCUGGAAUUGCCACCCAACGCCUGUGGGAGAGUAUGGAGCGCUCAGAUGAGGAAAAUCUCAAGGAGGAGUGCAGCAGCACUGAGAGCACCCAGCAGGAGCAUGAAGACACACCUAGCACCAAGCUCCAGGGAGAGGUGCUAGCCCUGGAAGAGGAGCGGGCUCAGGUGCUGGGGCGCGUGGAGCAGCUCAAGGUCCGUGUGAAGGAGCUAGAGCAGCAGCUGCAGGAGUCAGCCCGAGAGGCCGAAAUGGAGCGAGCACUGCUGCAGGGAGAGAGGGAGGCAGAGCGGGCACUGCUGCAGAAGGAGCAGAAGGCAGUGGAUCAACUGCAGGAGAAGCUGGUGGCCUUGGAGACAGGCAUCCAGAAGGAGAGGGACAAGGAGAGGGCGGAGCUGGCCGCGGGACGGAGGCACCUGGAGGCCCGCCAGGCGCUCUACGCCGAGCUCCAGACGCAGCUCGAUAACUGCCCCGAGUCAGUGCGGGAACAGUUACAGGAGCAGCUGAGAAGGGAGGCAGAGGCCCUGGAGACUGAGACAAAGCUCUUUGAGGACUUGGAGUUCCAGCAGUUGGAGCGGGAGAGCCGCGUGGAGGAGGAGCGUGAGCUGGCCGGUCAGGGGCUGCUCCGGAGCAAGGCUGAGCUGCUCCGCAGCAUCACCAAGAGGAAGGAGCGCCUGGCCGUCCUGGACAGUCAGGCUGGGCAGAUCCGGGCUCAGGCCGUGCAAGAGUCAGAACGCCUGGCCCGGGACAAGAAUGCCUCCUUACAGCUGCUGCAAAAGGAGAAGGAGAAACUGACUGUGCUGGAAAGGAGAUACCACUCACUCACGGGGGGCAGGCCUUUCCCGAAGACUACAUCGACCCUCAAAGAGAUGGAGAAGCUGCUGCUCCCUGCUGUAGACUUAGAGCAGUGGUACCAGGAGCUGAUGGCCGGGCUGGGGACUGGCCCCACUGCAGCCUCCCCUCACUCUUCUCCCCCGCCUCUGCCCGCCAAAGCUUCCCGUCAGCUGCAGGUUUACCGCUCCAAGAUGGAUGGCGAGGCCACUAGCCCCCUUCCCCGGACCCGCAGCGGCCCCCUCCCCUCCUCCUCUGGCUCUUCCUCCUCCUCCUCCCAGCUCAGCGUGGCUACCCUGGGGCGUAGCCCCUCCCCAAAGAGCGCUCUACUCACCCAGAAUGGCACGGGCAGCCUUCCUCGCAACCUGGCAGCCACGCUGCAGGACAUCGAGACCAAGCGCCAGCUAGCUCUGCAACAGAAGGGACAACAGGUGAUUGAAGAGCAACGGCGGCGACUGGCUGAGCUGAAGCAGAAAGCGGCAGCUGAGGCACAGUGCCAGUGGGAUGCCCUGCACGGGGCAGCCCCCUUCCCAGCGGGCCCCUCGGGCUUCCCCACUCUCAUGCACCACUCUAUCCUACACCACCUGCCUGCGGGGCGGGAGCGUGGGGAGGAGGGUGAGCACGCCUACGAUACACUGAGUCUGGAGAGCUCUGACAGCAUGGAGACCAGCAUCUCCACUGGGGGCAACUCGGCCUGCUCCCCUGACAACAUGUCCAGUGCGAGUGGUCUGGACAUGGGGAAGAUCGAGGAGAUGGAGAAGAUGCUGAAAGAGGCUCAUGCAGAGAAGAACCGGCUCAUGGAGUCGAGGGAGCGGGAGAUGGAGCUGCGGCGGCAGGCCCUGGAGGAGGAGCGGCGGAGGCGUGAGCAGGUAGAACGGAGGCUACAGAGUGAGAGUGCCCGGAGGCAGCAGCUGGUGGAGAAGGAGGUCAAGAUGCGGGAGAAACAAUUUUCCCAGGCACGACCCCUGACCCGCUACCUGCCAAUCCGGAAGGAGGACUUUGACCUGAAGACACAUAUUGAGUCAUCAGGCCAUGGUGUUGAUACCUGCCUGCACGUGGUGCUCAGCAGCAAGGUCUGCCGUGGCUACUUAGUCAAGAUGGGCGGCAAGAUUAAAUCAUGGAAGAAGCGCUGGUUUGUCUUCGACCGGCUCAAGCGCACCCUUUCCUAUUAUGUGGACAAGCAUGAGACGAAGCUGAAGGGAGUCAUCUAUUUCCAGGCCAUUGAGGAAGUGUACUACGACCACCUGCGCAGUGCAGCCAAGAAGAGGUUUUUCCGCUUCACUAUGGUGACUGAGAGCCCAAACCCAGCCCUCACCUUCUGCGUGAAGACCCAUGACCGGCUGUACUACAUGGUGGCCCCAUCUGCAGAGGCCAUGCGCAUCUGGAUGGAUGUCAUCGUCACAGGGGCUGAGGGCUACACUCAGUUCAUGAACUAACUGCUGUGGGCCUCCUGGCAGAGCACAACUGAGGCUUUUGUAUAAGAAGACUUUAAUAUUCUGUAAAGAGCUUGGUCCUGUGAGUUUCUGGGCUCUGGCCUCCUGAAGAACCAGCCAGAAGAAGAAAAGUGGAAGUGGCUUUGCUGCCUCCUGGGAGCCCAGAACUUGCAGUAACCCUUUAGGGUCCUGCCCCGGGCCCAGCCAGGGCUGAGGAGCUGUUACAGAGAGGGCCUCAGCUCCGACCUGACACCUGCUCUCCCCAGCCUGUUUUCUCUUUUCUAAAAGACAAAUUAUGGUACCAUAAGCUGCCAAAGAUCCCCUCCUGCCUCAGACCCCUUUGCCAGGGGCUUUGGGGGCUGAGCAGAACCACAUCCAGAGUGGGGUAAUAGCUCAGGCAGCCCACUUCCCACUUCUCAAACCCCACUCUGCCCCAUUGUUCUCCUUUCCCAUAUCCUUUGUAUCACCUUGCUCAAGGGCCAGAGAUCUCAAGUGUCAUCCUUGAGGUCCCAGGUCCAUCCCCUAGUUGCAGACCCAUCACCAUGGUUACCAUAGCGACUGCUUCAUUGCCAUGGUUACAUACUAAUUGCUGCAGCUCUGUGGCCCAGCCCACUGCUUCAGCUAUGGGCCAUCUGAGGGUACGUGCCAUCAUCUCUCCAGCCCAGGCCCCUGGGCAUCUCAUGCUAGGGGAAAGGGACUGAACACCUGUUCCCUGCCCCAUGCCUGUGUCUUCAGCCCUUAUGCACAGCCUGCCAGCCCCCCAGUCCAGCCCUCUCCCUUCCACUGGUGCCUUGCUUAGAGCCAGAAGGGAUGAAGCCGGGGGAUCUAGGGAACAGAGGAGGAGCAAUGCGGUUGGGAGGGGAAGCUAGAAAGGUUAUAGUUGAGUUCUGUACAGGGUCAAGUUUCCGACAGGGAAAGAGGAUUCCUCCGAUGCUCCUAGAGGGAAAGCCUGAGCAGGAGAUGAUGCAGCAGAGGGGAAGGGCCCUGUGGUGCCACUGCCCUUCCUUCAGCCUCCAAAGGGCGAUGGAAAUGGAGAGUGGAGGACCAGGCCUCCAGCUGUCCGGCCUCGCCCUUCACGCCUUAACACAAAGCCCGCCUCCCCUUCUCUCCUUCCCAGCAUUAAGCCCUUGGUUGCGUGGGCCCAGGCUGGGGGUUUUCAGUAUUUGUAAGCAUUUCAGCAGAACAAUAAAGCCUUUGGACUACGGAA